UACUUUGAUAGUACUUUAUCUUUUAUAAUUUAUAUUUUAUAUUUAUUGUAUGGUUGAAAAAAAUCAAUUUUUAAAGAUAUUCCAUAUUUUUGUUGCCUAUUUUAUCUUGAUUCAUUCGUUUCCAUAUUAGAACAGAUACUAUAAUUUAUAUUUCCGAUACUCAACAUUAUAAUGGAAAACGCAAAUGCGAAUGUGACUGACCCUAAUAUGGAAUUUGAUGCUUCUCAACUGGCCAGUGUUAAAGAAAUAUUUAAGUCAUAUAAUAAAUUAACAGAGUUAUGUUUUAUGGAUUGUGCAACAGAUUUUACAAUAGGUGAUCUUAAAAGUGAAGAAGUAAGGUGUGCUGAAAAUUGUACAAGCAAAUUUCUUAAAGCUUCUGAAAGAAUGACACAAAGGUUUCAGGAGUAUCAAUUGAUUAUGAAUGAACACGUGAUUACAGCUCAACAAAAUGCCAAUGCAUAAAAUGUUACCAUUUAUAUAGUACAUAAAGACUUUUUUUUAAACAUUUUAAGUUGUAGAAUCAUAAAUAAUAUACUUUAAAUGUAAUGUUAAAUUAAUUGUUGGACUAUUUUAAUAUCUAGUUCACUUAUGUUCCAACAUUCCUUUAAAGAAUUAUAGUUUAUUUUAAUAUUAAGAAUAUGCAUUAUAAAUUAAUGUAUAUUUUAAAGAUUAUUCAUGAUGGCUUAAAUAGUUAAAUGAUAUAAGACAUAAGAGAGUGAACAUUCUAUUAAAAAUUAUUUUAAACAAAAA